AUGACCACUCCCGCCGUGCCCACUCAGAUGAUCAUCCUCCCGAUCAAAGCCACCGCUACGAUCGAGGACGUCUCAACACCCGACGGCCAGCUCUGGACUCAAAUACUCGAUACACUCGAGGCAUGGCCGGGCUUUCAACGGCUGUACUGGGGACGACAUGUUGAAGAGCCCGACGUGACGGAGUUGCAUGUUGUCAGAGACACCCUCCAACAACAUUACAGCCUCCUCUCGUCCCCAGAAUGGGCGCAUCUGAGCCAGAAACUCUCCAACCUCUUCACCCCCGAAUCAACAUCCCCCAGCGCCAUCACAGUCCGCCACGCCCAAAUGUCGGACUUUACGCCCUACCCGCAAGGCCUGGGAAAGGGCGCCCCCGUCACCGGAACGGCCAUCUACCUCGCCGUAGAAGACCCGGAGGACGGGUGGGAGCGCGUCUGGGCGCUAUGGACGACGCUCAUCUCGCGCGUGCGCGGCUGCUUGGGGUGCUCUGGGGGUUGGGUCGUUGAGCCCGUUGAUGGCCAUCCGAAGUGUUAUACGGUUUGGGUGGGCUGGGAGAGUGUUGAGGUGCAUGACGCUUAUCAUUAUACGAAGGACUUCUGGAAGAAGAGGGUUAUUCUGGGGUUGCAUAAUUUGGGGUGGAGGGAGUAUGGGCAUGUCGCUUUUACGGAGGGGAGGAGUAGGAGGGCGGGGAGGUUGUAA